AUGGCCUCCCAAGACUCAAAACUCUUUGAGUGGCAUUUCACCGACCUCAACCACUCUGACUUCCACAUCUACAGCCGAGGCCUCUUGCUACUCCUCCUAUUCUUCUCUCUCAUCUUCACCAUAACCAUCUUCUUGUUUCAUGCUUAUUGGGCUUGUGUAGGUCGUCUCUCAACAACAACCACCUCCAUGGCUGCAAAUUCUGCGUCAUCAAUGCACUCACAUGGGCUUGAUGCUGCCACCAUUGAAAGCUUGCCGGUUUAUUUGCAUCGGUCGGCGGUCAUCGCUAACCCUAAUGCCGGUGACAUUGAAGCCACUGAAAUUGAAUGCUGUAUUUGUCUUGGGGUAUUUGAAGGAGAAGAGAAGGUCAAGGUGUUACCAAAGUGCCACCAUGCAUAUCAUUCUGAGUGCGUGGACAAGUGGCUCAGCGUUCAGUCAAGCUGCCCGCUUUGUAGAUUGUCCCUCCGAGUCAUCAACUCUCUCUAG